CGACGGAUGACCCGCAAUGGCCAUCCCUACUCCGGAAUAACAUCCUCAUACGGCGCAGCUCUCAGGCGCUGCAAGGGCCUCCAAUUGACGUCAUCACCCUGCGGCUCUCGCUAAGCGAGGUCCACGUACGGCGUGAUUGACUGAUGAUAGACAGCCAGCGAUGGGAGCGCUGUGUAGGGAUAUUAUCCGGGGUUCAGCAGUUAUGCGUGGCCCUACUGGUCAUAGGUUUCUUUUUGAACGCGUUACAGCUUGUAUUUCUUGUGUGAGACAAAUAUUUUCAGUGGAAUCUCAGCAGCAUUUCAACUUUCCAAAAAGGUCCCUAGGGCAACCCAGCCCUUUCACGCAUACCCAUCUCCUGAAACCAGUACUGGACUAUCGGAACUUUUCCGGGAGUUUGACUAACCAGGAUGAAUUCAACGCAAGAAGGCUGUAUACACUAACUGAAAUCACAUUGGUUUCCGGGGAGGUCACACCAGGUUUGACACAAACGGAAUAUGCCCAGCGUCGCUACAAGCUGAUGUCUAAUAUCCAGAAAGAAUCUCAACUUCUGGGUUGUUCUUCGGAUCAUGCUGCUGUUUUCUUGUCAAACGCUACACUGUACAUGACAAGUGACAUUCCCUUUCCUUUUCAUCAACACAAUGACUUCCUCUACUUAUGUGGAUUCUUAGAACCUGAUAGUAUUCUACUUUUACAAAACCGACAAGGUCAUGAACUACCAUCUCACACAGCCACACUGUUUGUGCCACGCAGAGACCCUGGACGGGAGUUAUGGGAUGGGCCUCGAUCUGGACCUGAUGGAGCAGUUGCACUGACUGGAGUAGACCAAGCUUUCCCAAUAGAGGAAUUUAAACAUGUACUGCCAAUGUUGCUUGAUGAAGGAGUGACUUUAUGGUACGACUACGUCAGACCACCUCAUUCCUCCUUACAUUCCACCUUCAUGCAACCACUAAUAGAAUCAAAAGCCCAGUACAGAAAUAGGAUCAAGUCUACGCGGCUUCUCAUACAGCAGCUUCGGUUAAUUAAGUCUGAAGCAGAAUUGGAACUUAUGAAGAAAGCGGGCCACAUCUCUUCUCAUGCUUUCAUUGAGACCAUGCAUUGCAGCAAGGCUCCAGUGAAUGAAGCUUUCAUAUAUGCCAAGUUUGAUUUUGAGUGUCGAGCCCGUGGCGCGGAUAUACUGGCUUAUCCACCUGUGGUUGCUGGAGGAAGUAGAGCCAACACUCUGCAUUAUGUGAAAAAUAACCAGAUAGUCAAGUCUGGAGAGAUGGUUCUGAUGGAUGGUGGCUGUGAAGCAUCUUGCUAUGUAAGCGACAUAACACGGACAUGGCCUGUGAAUGGCAGGUUCUCUGCACCCCAAGAAGAACUGUAUGAGGCUGUACUACAUAUACAGAAUUCCUGCCUAAAUUUGUGCAUUUUAGGAACCAGCCUGGAUAACCUCUACAGCCAUAUGCUGACUGAACUAGGAAAGAAACUCAAAGACCUGGGCAUUGUGCAGAAAAGAUGUAGUGAUGGUCACAUUAUCAAAGCUGCACGAAAGUACUGCCCACACCAUGUUGGACAUUAUCUUGGCAUGGAUGUGCAUGAUACUCCCGACGUGUAUCGAUCUCUACCUCUCCAACAAGGCAUGGUGAUAACGAUAGAACCAGGUAUUUAUAUCCCUGAGAAUGACCAUGACGCUCCUGAAAAAUACAGGGGACUAGGAAUCCGCAUUGAAGAUGAUGUCAUGAUCACUGGACAGUCCCCCAUUAUUCUCUCUGCUGAGUGUCCUAAAGAAAUUUAUGACAUACAGCAAGUGUGUGGAAAAGGCCACUGAUGCAGUCUGGACUCUAAGAUAUUAUGAAUAAAAAAGCUCUUAAGUUCCUGAA